AAAGAAUAAAAAACGAAGCCGCCGUGGCCUACUGGGUGCUGGAAGCUCGAGAUCGAGGGAGGGCGGAGAAGGACGAAAGGUGUCCGCCGGAGUUAGGCCGAGUUAAGCGGAGCAAUCAACCAUGAGGCCGAUUCUAAUGAAGGGCCACGAGAGGCCACUGACGUUCCUCAAGUACAACAGGGAGGGCGAUCUCCUCUUUUCCUGCGCCAAAGACCACACCCCAACCGUCUGGUUCGCCGACAACGGCGAGCGCCUUGGCACCUACCGCGGCCACAACGGUGCCGUCUGGUGCUGCGAUAUUUCCAGGGACUCGAUGAGGCUGAUCACGGGAAGUGCCGACCAAACGGUGAAGCUAUGGAGUGUGCAGACUGGCGCACAGUUGUUCACUUUCAAUUUUGAUUCUCCAGCGAGGUCAGUCGACUUCUCUAUCGGUGAUAAGCUCGCUUUGAUCACCACUGAUCCUUUCAUGGGCCUCCCCUCUGCUAUCCAUGUGAAGUGCAUUGCAAGAGAUCCUGAUGAUCAAACUGCUGAAUCCAUCCAUGUCCUCAGGGGACCCCAGGGAAGAAUUAACAGAGCUGUCUGGGGACCCCUCAAUAAGACUAUCAUAAGUGCUGGCGAGGAUUCUAUAAUUCGCAUUUGGGAUUCUGAGACAGGAAAGUUACUAAAAGAAUCGGACAAGGAAACUGGGCAUAAAAAGGCGAUUACAUCGCUUAUGAAAUCUGCUGAUGGGUCACAUUUCCUCACUGGUUCCCAUGACAAGUCUGCCAAGCUAUGGGACGUAAGAACGCUCACUCUUAUCAAGACUUAUGUGACUGAGAGGCCAGUGAAUGCUGUGGCUAUGUCUCCGCUUCUUGACCAUGUGGUGCUUGGCGGGGGUCAAGAUGCUUCUGCAGUCACAACAACUGAUCACCGUGCAGGGAAGUUUGAGGCGAAGUUCUAUGAUCAGAUCCUUCAAGAAGAAAUCGGAGGUGUGAAAGGGCACUUUGGGCCCAUCAAUGCUCUAGCCUUUAACCCUGACGGGAAAAGCUUUUCAAGUGGAGGGGAAGACGGGUAUGUGAGGUUGCACCAUUUUGAUCCAGAUUACUUCAAUAUCAAGACAUAGAGGCACAUCAUCACCGACCUUCUCUUUACUCUCCGAGACCGCGAGCAAGCGUUACAAAGUUUGCAGUCUCUUCUUGAUCUGCAUAACUUUAUUGUUCUCAGUCAGUUGUUUGUUCUCAAAUUUAGUGUUAAAUAUUUUUGGCGGGGCGUAGGUUUCUUCUUUUGCUAAUUCUCACUCUGGCUAGUUUUUCAAGUCAUACUGUAUCAAUCUCGAUAAUUUUGUUAUUAAAUGGAGUGGCUGAGAUUGAUGGAAAAAAGCCUUGUUGCAAGUUCCCGUCA